AUGGCGCAGCCCGAGGCCGGAUCCGGCUGCCCGGGGCUGGAUCCGCGCGGCCUGGCACGUGGGGGCGUGCUCCCUCUUGGCGCGGCGCGGCCUCUUCGACGGCGGUUCGUCGGGGGCGCGGCCCCCCCGGCGGCGACCUGGGACGGCGCGCGGUGCGGCCCCUCCGGCGACCAGGGGCCAGAUCCAGGGGGUAGAGGCCGGCCGUGGCCCGGAGCAGCGGCGGCGGCCCUUGCCGUGUCGGGGACCGGCGACCAAGGGCAAUCGCGGCCCGGAGCGGUGACAGCGGCGCGAAAGACGGCGGCCGAGCGGCGACAGCAAUGCGGAGGAUGCCUGGUGGCGGCGGGGCGGCGCCAGGCAUGA